CACCCGCGCCCAGUGGUCCCCGGCGUCGGCUCAAGGCGGAAGCCAUGGCGGAGGCGGCGGCUACCUCGGGCGGGACGGGCGCUGGCGCAAGCGUGAGCUCAGACUCUGCAGCGGACCGGGACCGGGACCCGGACCGCGCCGGGCGGAGGCUGCGGGUUCUCUCGGGCCAUCUGCUGGGCCGGCCCCAGGAGGAUCUGAGUACCAAUGAGUGCAAAGCGCGGAGAGCCGCCUCGGCGGCCACGGCGGCGCCCACGACCACUCCCGCCGCGCCGGAGUCUGGCACCAUCCCCAAGAAGCGGCAGGAAGUUAUGAAGUGGAAUGGAUGGGGAUAUAAUGAUUCCAAGUUCUUCUUCAAUAAGAAGGGCCAAGUUGAGUUGACUGGGAAAAGGUACCCUCUUAGUGGCAUGAUUUUACCAACUUUUAAAGAAUGGAUCCAAAAUACCCUUGGAGUAAGUCUGGAGCAUAAAACUACCUCUAAAGCAUCCAUAAAUCCUAGUGAUACACCUCCUUCUGUUGUAAAUGAAGAUUUUCUUCGUGACCUUAAGGAAACUAAUAUUUCAUACUCACGAGAAGCAGAUGAUCGAGUAUUUAGAGCUCAUGGUCAUUGUCUUCAUGAGAUAUUUUUGCUCAGGGAAGGGAUGUUUCAGCGAAUUCCUGAUAUAGUUUUAUGGCCAACAUGUCAUGAUGAUGUAGUUAAGAUUGUGAAUCUAGCGUGCAAAUAUAACCUUUGUAUCAUACCGAUUGGUGGAGGAACAAGUGUUUCAUAUGGACUGAUGUGUCCUGCAGAUGAGGCAAGAACAAUUAUUUCUUUGGACACUUCACAAAUGAAUCGAAUCCUCUGGAUUGAUGAGAACAAUCUGACAGUUCAUGUAGAGGCUGGCAUAACAGGACAAGAGUUGGAAAGACAGCUUAAAGAAAGUGGUUACUGUACAGGUCAUGAGCCAGAUUCCUUGGAAUUCAGCACUGUGGGAGGAUGGGUAUCUACUCGGGCAUCAGGCAUGAAGAAGAAUAUCUACGGCAAUAUUGAGGAUCUGGUGGUUCAUAUAAAAAUGGUAACACCUAGAGGUAUAAUAGAAAAAAGCUGUCAAGGACCUCGUAUGUCAACAGGCCCUGAUAUCCAUCACUUCAUCAUGGGAUCUGAAGGAACUCUUGGUGUAAUAACAGAAGCUACAAUAAAAGUCAGACCAAUCCCUGAAUACCAAAAGUAUGGCUCCGUAGCUUUCCCUAAUUUUGAACAAGGAGUAGCCUGUUUAAGAGAAAUUGCAAAACAGAGAUGUGCUCCUGCAUCUAUUCGCCUCAUGGACAACCAGCAGUUUCAGUUUGGUCAUGCUCUUAAACCUCAGGUUUCCUCUAUUUUUACAUCAUUUUUGGAUGGAUUAAAAAAGUUUUAUAUUACAAAGUUUAAAGGAUUUGAUCCAAAUCAGCUAAGUGUAGCCACAUUGCUAUUUGAGGGGGACCGUGAGAAGGUUCUUCAGCAUGAAAAACAAGUGUAUGACAUUGCUGCAAAAUUUGGUGGGUUGGCAGCUGGAGAAGAUAAUGGACAGAGAGGUUACUUGCUGACCUAUGUCAUUGCAUACAUUCGAGACUUAGGUUUGGAAUACUAUAUAUUAGGAGAAUCUUUUGAGACUUCUGCUCCUUGGGACAGGGUUGUAGAUCUCUGUAGAAAUGUAAAAGAAAGAAUAACCAGGGAAUGCAAAGAGAAGGGUGUUCAGUUUGCUCCUCUUUCUACAUGCCGGGUGACGCAGACUUAUGAUGCAGGCGCAUGUAUCUACUUCUAUUUUGCCUUUAACUACAGGGGAAUUAGUGACCCACUGACCGUUUUUGAACAAACUGAGGCAGCUGCUAGAGAAGAAAUCCUCGCUAACGGAGGGAGCCUGUCGCAUCACCAUGGAGUGGGCAAGUUACGGAAGCAAUGGCUAAAGGAAAGUAUCUCUGAUGUCGGCUUUGGGAUGCUGAAGUCUGUGAAGGAAUAUGUGGACCCCAAUAACAUCUUUGGAAACAGAAACCUUUUAUAAAUCCAUUAGUAUCAUUAUGAAAAAUGUCAAAUUUUUUUUUUAAGUCUUUAGCUAUGAUUAUACCAGUAAUCAAAUAUAUUAUGGACUAUAUUUUGGCUACAUUCGUUUGUUGGUUUAAAAUGUUUGUGUUCAUUCUAUAGUUUGUUUGUUUCUACAUCUAUGGAUUGACAGAUGGUAUUCCUAAAUCUCAUUGUAGGUGUAUCAGUUCACAGCCAACUGGUUGUCUUUUCAAAUUUUAGUCGGGCAGCACCAGGCUGCCAGUUAUUUCAGAGGAAGAUGCCACCAGCUGUUCCGUUGAUGCUUCCUCUUGGGGAGCAAAGGCAGAUUUUGGUGUCAUCUGUUGCUUAUCUAGCUUCUUUUUAAAAGACCAUUUCUGGGAUGCAGGUACCUAGGGAAGGAUUCCAUUGAGGAGUGAUAUAUGUGUAAAUUUUUAAGAGCAUAUUCUAGUGUGAGUAGGCCAUUAAGGGAGGAUAUUCAUGAAAGAAUAUAGGCAACCUGUUAUUUAGGAUACCUUCAGAUCUGUAAGGUGGGUGGCCUAUUUUUUUUUUUUAAAUUAGUAUACAGUUAUAAAACCUCGAAUCAUCAAUAUACAAAUUACUCUGUUAGGGUACACAUCUUUGUUUUCCAUGUUUCUGUUUCUACUGAGGUUUGAGUUGUAUUUCUAUCACUGAAAUAACCUGUUGUUAUAUCCUAGUUCAUUUAUAAUAUGUUUUGUAAGAAAAGCUGACCUGUCACUCAUUGUACAUGAAGAAAAGGUUUACUAUGAAAUGAACACUCUUAUUCAAGUUAGAGUCCUAAUGUUUUUAAUUUCACAUUCUUGUUGCUGAGAAGAAGCUACAACAGGAGCAGAAGGAAGACUCCUUACACUUAAUGUCUCCAGUUGAAAGAAUUAUCUGGCUAAAUUUAGAAACAGUCAUUCAGCUACUGAAUAUGAAGCCUCAAGUUUCAAUGACGAAAAAAAUUUUUUUUUAAUUAACCCAAACAGCAUGAUAAAUUUUCAUACAAAAGAUUAUUUUUUAAUAAUGGUUUAAUGCCUUUUUUGAAUUACUGGUUUAACCUAAAUUUUAAAAAAAGUAAUGUAUUAAUGCGUAUACCAUAAUCAAAAGUUUGAAAUAUCCUAUUUCUUAAAUAAUGAGAACAUUAAUCGCAUUUAGCAAACAUUUUUACAUUCAAACCUGGAUAUUAAAAUAAGUGAAACGAUUACUUUGAAUCACUGUCAAGGUUCAUGAUUCAUAUUUUGAGAUGGAUUUUUUUCUUAAUGCAAUACCUAACUUUUGAUAAUUUUUUAAAAUUAAUAUUUGAUCAGAUAAUGUAAGUCAAAAUGCAGAUGAUCCUUUAGAAGGACACACUAUCUAUGUAGCAACAGCUCCAAAGUAUUUCUGGGCAGUUUAGUACCUUUUAUAUCUGAAGUAGCCUUAACCAGAAAAGUGAAAAUUUGAAAUUGACAAAAUAUUUUUAAGACUUCAAAAUGAUGAAUAAUUUUUAACUAUUAAAAUUGGCCACAAACUAAUAAACUUAAAUCUGUAAGCAAGUCAAAAUUAACUGUUAAUUUAACAAUAAAAACUAAAUAUAUUUUUUAGAA